CUAAUACUAACCGGAGUAACCUCCGUCACUUAAACCGGUGAAUUGAUAAAAACACACAUUCACGCACUCAUCCACCGUACUCACCCGCUGCCUCCUCUGCUGGACAAUCUUUGGGAAAAUGGAGAAAGAGCAUGACCCAACAUUAUCAGCAUCGCCGCCGGCAACUGCCGGUUGUGAGUUGGGAGAAGGGCAAGCUAAGCUAUAUGAGGCCUACAAUGAGCUACAUGGUUUAGCGCAGGAGUUCGAGACGCCGUUCGACGCCCCAGCUGUGCUGGUUGUGGGUCACCAAACUGACGGCAAAAGCGCACUCGUGGAAGCUCUCAUGGGUUUCCAGUUCAACCACGUCGGUGGCGGUACCAAGACUCGCCGGCCCAUUACUCUCCAUAUGAAGUAUAAUCCCGACUGUGACUCACCUCUCUGUCAUCUGCUCUCUGAUUCUGACCCCAGCAUUGACCAACAGUUGUCACUUCAAGAAAUUCAGGCAUAUAUUGAAGCUGAAAACAUGAGGUUGGAGAAGGAACCCUGUCAGUUUUCUUCUAAAGAAAUAAUCAUCAGAGUAGAAUAUAAGUAUUGUCCGAACCUCAGCAUUAUAGACACUCCAGGACUUGUUGCUCCAGCCCCAGGUCGGAAAAACAGAGCUUUACAGGCUCAAGCUCGUGCAGUGGAAUCUCUAGUGCGAGCUAAGAUGCAGCACAAGGAGUUUAUUAUUCUAUGCCUUGAAGAUUGCAAUGAUUGGAGCAAUGCAACUACUAGAAGAGUGGUAAUGCAGAUUGAUCCCGAGCUUUCAAGAACUGUUGUUGUUGCAACGAAGCUCGAUACUAAAAUACCUCAGUUUGCACGAUCAUCAGAUGUUGAAGUAUUUCUUUCGCCACCUGCAUCUACUCUUGAUGGGUUCAUGCUAGGUGACUCCCCUUUCUUCACAUCUGUCCCUUCUGGAAGAGUAGGUUUGGGGCAUGAAUCAGUUUAUCGAUCAAAUGAUGAGUUUAAACAGGCUAUUUCCUUGAGAGAAAUGGAGGAUGUAGCAGCAUUGGAGGAGAAGUUGGGUAGAUCACUCACAAAACAGGAAAGGAGCAGAAUAGGUGUCAGCAGCCUUAGGCUGUUCUUAGAAGAGCUAUUGCAGAAAAGGUACAUGGACAGUGUACCAUUAAUCAUCCCACUUCUUGAAAAAGAACAUAGGAGCAGCACAAGGAAGCUGACUGACAUAAAUCAAGAGCUAAGCACUUUGGAUGAAGUAAAACUGAAGGAGAAAGGAAGAGCUUUCCAUGACCUGUUCCUUACCAAGUUGUCGCUGCUGUUGAAAGGAACUGUCAUUGCUCCACCUGAUAAAUUUGGGGAAACUCUACAAGACGAGAGGGUCAAUGGAGGAGCAUUUGUUGGAAGUGAUGGUCUUCAGUUUCCACACAAGCUGAUACCUAAUGCUGGAAUGCGUCUUUAUGGAGGUGCUCAGUAUCAUCGUGCAAUGGCUGAAUUUCGUUUUGUUGUUGGUGGAACCAAAUGUCCUCCAAUUACACGUGAAGAAAUUGUAAAUGCAUGUGGAGUUGAAGACAUUCAUGAUGGGACAAACUACUCUAGGACAGCUUGUGUCAUUGCUGUUGCAAAAGCUCGUGAUACAUUUGAGCCUUUUCUUCAUCAGUUGGGAAACAGGCUGUUGCACAUUCUGAAGAGAUUGCUUCCCAUCUCUGUUCAUCUUCUUCAGAAAGAUGGUGAAUAUCUAAGUGGCCAUGAAGUAUUUCUCAGACGGGUUGCCUCUGCCUUCAACAACUUUGGAGAAUCCACUGAAAGAUCAUGCCGUGAAAAAUGCAUGGAGGACUUAGUCAGCACUACUCGCUACGUAACGUGGUCCCUCCACAAUAAGAAUCGUGCUGGACUACGUCAGUUCUUAGACUCAUUUGGUGGAUCAGAACAGUCUGCCACGGGUGGUAACUCAGUAGCUGCCAGUCUUUCCCAAGAAUUGUCAUCUCUGUCUAUGGCCAGUGAUAAGCAGGACAGUAAGCCAAGGCCAGACGUGAAGCUCGGUCAUUUGGCUUCAGGGAAUGAUUCAAGUGGGAGUGUUCAGGCAACAGAGACAAGAUUGGCUGACCUUUUGGAUAGCACACUUUGGAACAGGAGGCUUGCUCCUUCUUCCGAAAGGAUUGUCUAUGCAUUGGUUCAACAGAUUUUCCAUGGGAUAAGAGAGUACUUUUUGGCAUCUGUUGAGCUGAAGUUUAACUGUUUCCUCCUCAUGCCGGUUGUGGACAAAUUACCCGCACUCCUUCGGGAAGACCUAGAAUCUGCUUUCCAAGAUGAUCUGGAUAAUGUUUUCGACAUCACCAAUCUGCGCCAUUCUCUGGGACAGCAGAGGCGUGAAGUAGAAAUUGAGCUUAGACGGAUAAAACGACUUAAAGAGAAGUUCAGGCAGAUUCAUGAGCAACUAAUUUCACAUGAAGUCAUGUGCUAGUCAUAACCGACCAGUUUGAAGGUGGGAUGAUCAAGUGCUGGUGCCAUUUGAGUUAGUUGUAUGACCACAAACGUGUGCCAGUUGAAUCGAUGCAUUAGAGACUUGAUCAACCUGAAAAUCUCAUCCAAGCUUUAGAUUUUGUGACUUUGUUUCUGUUUUUUUUUUCCUUGCACGUUUUCUUCUCUGCUUUUGGAUAAAUAUCUCAGAAGUUAUUUAAUUUCUCAUCCUUUUUCAAAAA